CCAAGCAACUUUGUUGAACGCGUUUAAUGCGCGGUCACUGGCGCGAAAAAAAUAAUAAUCGCGUUCCUUGAUUGAUUUUUUUUAUCUCUUUACCAUUAUGGCUAAGUUAACUACAGGUGCUAUCAAGGCAAUCUAUAAUGACGAAAAGACCAAUCCUCUUGUCAAUAACUGUGUUCUUCAACUCUUGAACCUCAAGUCAGUCCAAAUCAAUGGUGGAAUUCGUCACAGAGUUAUUAUUUCUGACGGUGUUCACCACAUGCAAGGCAUGUUGAGUCAAUCAUUUGAUAAUGCAGUCAAUGAUGGUACCUUGAAAAGAUACACUAUCCUUAGACUCACGGAAGGUGUUUGUAAUCCUCUCCAAAACAGAAGAAUCUUAGUCUUGUUGAACUUUGAUGUGAUCCAAAGUGACGUUGAAAGCAAGAUUGGUUCCCCUGUGAGUCUUGAUAACCAAGCUGCUGCUGCUGCUACUGCUACUGCUUCCAGUACCACUACUACUGCUACUGCUUCCAGUACCACUACUACUGCUACUACCAUGACUCCUACAAGAACAGAGUCUUCGUCUUAUUCAAGCAAUCAAAACUCAGGAUAUACUACCAACAUGCAACUUGAAGCUAACCUUACUCCCAUCAGAAACUUGAAUCCCUAUCAGACAAGAUGGCAUAUCAAGGCCCGUGUCAGUCAAAAAUCCCCUAUCAAGAAAUGGCACAAUGCCCGUGGUGAUGGUCAACUCUUUAGUGUAAACCUUCUUGAUCAAUCAGGCGAAAUCAAGGCUACUGCAUUCAAUGAUCAAGUCGAUCGCUUGUAUAAUGCUCUUGAAGAAGGCAAGCUUUACUAUAUUUCCAAAGCCCGUGUCUCUAUGGCUAGAAAGCAAUUCUCUACAUUGGACAAUGAAUAUGAAUUGAGCUUUGAACAUGGCACUGAAAUUGAAGCUUGUCCUGAAAGUGGUAAUAUUCCUCAAGUGAGCUAUAACUUUGUUAAAAUUGCUGAUCUUGAUAAAUAUGAAAAGGGAAGUUAUGCUGAUGUCAUUGGUGUUGUGACUGAAGAUGCUGGUAUCUCUGAGAUUGUUUCUAAAAUGACCGGAAAACCUUCCAAGAAAAGAGAACUUACGCUUGUUGAUGAUUCUGCCAGAAGUAUCAGAUUGACAUUAUGGGAUACACAAGCUGAUGAAUUCAAUGCUACUGAUUAUCCCAUCAUUGUCUGUAAGGGUGCUCGUGUGAAUGACUUUAGUGGUCGCUCUUUAUCUGUAGGCAGUAACAGUACUUUCAAGAUCAAUCCAAACAUGACUGAAGUACAACACUUGCGCAGAUGGUAUAAUGAAAGAGGCAGUACUGCUCAAAUUGAAAGCUUCACUUCAGGCAAUGGUAAUGCUGAAUACCGUGGCUCCAAUGUCAAGAUUACCUUACAAGACGCUAAAUCUCAAAACUUGGGUAUGGGCGAUAAGCCUGAUUACUUUUCUUUCCGUGGUACUGUUGUCUUUAUCAAGAAUGAGAACUUUGCUUAUCCUGGUUGUCCUGAAUGUAAAAAGAAGACACUCUUGGAAGAAUCUGGCUGGCGUUGUGAAAAGUGUCAAAAGACAUUCCCUAAGCCUGAAUACAGAUACAUCUUGACCAUGAGUGUAGAAGAUGCUACUUCACAAAUCUACCUUAAUGGCUUUGAUGAUCUUGGCCUUGUUGUGCUGAAGAAGACUGCUAAUGAAUUGAUGGAAUUGAAAGAGAAUAAUGCAACUGCUGCUCACCAAGUUAUUACCAAAUCACAUUUCCAAACUUAUAAUUUCAAGGUUCGAGUCAAGCAAGAAACAUUUAAUGAUCUUACUCGUAUUAAAUACUCUUGUGUUGAUGCUAAACCCAUUGAUUAUGUCAAGGAAUCUCAAGAACUUGUCAAUGCCAUUGAUCAAAUCUUGGCUUAAAAUAAAGAACUAUAUGUAUGACAUCUGAGUUUCACAGAGUUACCUGCAUAUUUAGGCCUUUAAAAUGUACUUUUCUGAGACAGUGCUCUUGGUUAGUGUCAACAGUAUAGAAUAACGUACAGCCAAUGACAUAAGCUAUGACAAAUAAACCUAUAUAUAAACAUACUCAACGAGAUCAAUUAUAACACAUUAUUCUCGUUACACUGCUCGUUUUUUUCCUUUAAGCAAACAACUCUGAUCUCUGCUAAUAAAUUUUGUCAUUCCAUAUCAACUCCGAGUUGCGUACAAACAACAUCUCA